AUGCCCAACGAGUCCUCCUUCAACAAGCCGUCGGCCUCGUCGGAGCAUGCCGGCCAGGGGGGUAAGGGAGGCACCUUCGGGAAAUCCUCUGGCCUGACGGCCGCAGGAGCCUCCAGCAGUGCCGGCGGGGCGGCUCAGAGUCCGGCUGGUGCGGCCGCCCCGUCGGGGAAGAAGUCCCCCCGGCUGCCCAAGUGCGCGCGGUGCAGGAACCACGGCUAUUCUUCGCCCCUGAAAGGGCACAAGCGCUUCUGCAUGUGGAGAGACUGUCAGUGCAAGAAGUGCAGCCUGAUCGCCGAGAGGCAGCGGGUGAUGGCCGCCCAGGUUGCUCUGCGAAGGCAGCAAGCUCAAGAGGAGGAGCUGGGCAUCAGCCACCCCAUCCCGUUGCCCAGCGCCACGGAAAUGUACGUGAAGAAAGAGAACAACGCCAGCGGGGGGCCCUCCUGCCUCUUGCUGGAGAGCGCCAGCCCACCACUGCCCACCACGUCAGCUUCCGCCGGACGGAUGCUGAUCCAGGACCUUCCUUCCCUAGCCAGCAGAGGUCACCUGGAGAGCGCCUCCGACUUAGUGGUGGAUUCCACCUACUACAGCAGCUUCUACCAGCCCUCCCUGUAUCCUUACUACAACAACCUCUACAACUACUCCCAGUACCAGAUGGCUGUGGCCAGCGAAAGCACCCCUGGAGAUAUGGGGGGCCCACUGGUGGGGUCCCCUGUCAAAAACAGCCUGCGGAGCCUCCCAGCUACCUAUAUGUCAAGCCAGUCAGGAAACCAGUGGCAGGUGAAAAGUCCAGAAAACCGCCAUGGUGUGAGUUCCCAGUACAGAAUGCAUUCUUACUAUCCUUCCGGCUCCUACUUGGGCCAGAGCGUUGGGGCUCCUGCCUGUGUCCCCCAGAUUUUCACCUUUGAGGAGAGCCCCUCUUUCUCUGAAACGAAAGCAAAUGUAUUUUCACCACCCAGUAGUCAAGAUUCUGGCUUGGUUUCCCUUUCCAGCAGCUCUCCCAUCAGCAACGAAAGCACCAAAGCCGUGUUGGAGUGCGAGUCGACCUCCGAUUCUGGGACCUUCACUGUUCAUUCUGUCAUGGAAGACGGUGAAUGA